AUGCCCUUUGGAAUACGGGCUGGUGAGUUUUAUACACGAGGGAAGGUUGCCGACGCUAAGGAUGACAUUACUAAUUUCAGCGAUGGGGAGGCAUCAGAGCAUUUCGUUACCCAGUUAGAUAAAGGCUCUAAACAUCUAGGAGUUAUAUCUGCAAUAUCUCUCAUAUUAAAUCGGAUUGUUGGUACUGGUAUAUUCGUUGUCACUCCUGACAUCUAUAGACUGGCCGGAUCAGUUGGAUUAACGUUAAUCCUUUGGGUUGUCGGUGCUGCGAUCGCAUUGAUAGGUGCAUAUGUUUAUAUGGAAUUUGGGUCAGCUAUACCGCGGAAUGGUGGUGAAAAGAACUAUUUGGAAUAUCUUUUCAAGAAACCGAAGUUCUUCGUAACCUCUUUAUAUGCUGCUUAUGUCUUUUUGAUCGGUUCUGCGGCUGGAAAUUCUGUUUUUGGAGCUCAAAUGCUCCUGACAGCUGGUAAUGGUGAGCUUUCAAAUCGGAAUGUCAGGGCUGUUGCCGUUUCUAUUCUAUUAUUCUUCUCUAUACUGAACGCUGUUUCUGUGAAAACAGGUAUCUUUAUUACAAACACUUUUGGGGUGUUGAAGAUUUUAAUUAUGGCUUUUAUUGCAGUAGUGGGCCUUGUUGCUCUUGGAGGGGGUGUCAACAACGCAUCUGGUAAGGAGAAUUUUCAUAAUGCAUUUGAAGGUUCUGACAGGAUUACUGCAUAUGGUAUGGUUUCCGCCAUUUACAGCGUUAUUUGGUCAUUUGUUGGUUACUCAAAUAUUAAUUAUGCUCUUGGAGAGGUGAAAAAUCCAGUGAGAACAUUGAAGAUCGCAGCUCCAGUGUCCUUAAUACUGUUGACUGUACUGUACCUUUUUGUUAAUAUCGCUUAUUUUGCUGUUAUUCCUAAAGCUGAGAUAUAUGCAACCAAAUCUCGAAUUGCGGUGAACUUCUUUGGUGCUGUCUUUGGACAGAAGGCAAGGAGGAUUUCAGCGGGCAUUAUUUCUCUCAGUUCGUUGGGUAAUGUGUGUUCAGUUGUCUUUUCGCAAGGAAGAAUUAUCCAGCAAUUGGGCAGAGAAGGUGUUCUUCCCUAUUCAUCUUUCUUUGCAUCUUCAAAACCAUUCAAUUCUCCAACUGUGGGUUUAUUACAACAUUUCAUUUUUUGUUCCAUAAUCAUCGUUGGUCCACCUACAGGCGAUGCCUACAAUUUAAUUCUUAAUUUGAACAGUUAUCCAAUGAAUAUUGUUAACACUGCAAUUAGUGGAGGUUUACUUUGGAUUUACUGGCAACGUUAUAAGGGAAGAGUUGAAUGGGACCCACCUAUCAAAGCAGGCGUCGUAGUUACAACUAUUUUCUUUUUGACAAGUAUAUAUCUUGUUAUUGCACCCUACGUUCCUCCUUCUAAUGGUAACAGUACUUACGAUUCAUUACCAUAUUGGAUUCACUGUGUUUUGGCGUGGGGUGUUUUUGGCAUUGGCGCUAUUUACUGGUUUAUUUGGACACGCUUGUUGCCAAAGCGUGGCAACUACAAAUUGGUUUACUCAGAAGUGCUUGGUGACGACGGUUUUUGGAGAAACAAGAUCGUGAAGGAACACAAUGAGGCAAAGUUUGUCGGGCACGAUGAAGCGGAUGAUUCUUCCCUGUCCUUCAAAAAUAUAGCUAAAGUACCUUCCGUGGAAUACGUUAAAUAA